AAGAAUACUGCUGGUUGACCAUGCAGUCGAGGUGAACACGUGCAGAAAGUUUUGGUAGCUCGAAGUACAUGUGGCAGCUCUGAGCAUGUCCAAAAAAACGCCCAAAGCACACUGGGUAGAAUACUUUUUUUUUUUUAAAUUUGACUUAACCUGGAUAAAUCAAUUUAAACAUGUUUUCCAAAACCAAAUUACUAAUUACUUAUUUAAAAUUAGUGUUCAUAACAGGUUUAUGAAGAGAGUUGGGUUCACUCAUCUUAUUUAAUUAAUUUGUAUGUUGGCAUUUACAAUGUAUCACCUUGUGUAACGGAUGCCAGCUGGUGUGAUUGUGCAAAAGUACAUUGGUAAACCUCACUCCCUGACGCCUUGAGAGCCGUGCUGGACUAUCAGUUGACAGCUUGGGCUUUUAGCUUGUUGGCUGCCCAACCAAUUUAGUGACAAUCGAUGGUUCAAGCCCCGGUGGGUGCAGGGCCAGAUUGCGCAGUUGACCAUCAUUACACCUGCACACUUAGAAUGCACAUUUGACUAAAUUCCUUGAUGGACUAUUAAGAGAUUGUUUGUUUUUAGGUUAUGUUAUUUUUAAUAUUAUGGCAGAAACUCUUUGUGAAUGUUCUGAACUCCUAAUGCCUGUGUUGGAUUGAGCAAAAUAAAGCAUGGAGGUCUGUAUGGAUGGAGUUUCCCAUAGCUAACAUAAUGUUGUUCUUCUCCAACAGCGCCUCUGCUGGUUGCAACCAACUAGUGCACUUUAUUUUGCUUCAAUUGCUUCAAGUCAAUUCCACACAAUUGUCACAAUCCUAACAAUGGCGGGGGUCAACCGAGUGCCACUUUUAGGGCCAUGUGAUUUCCAUAUUAACGGAAACAUGGACGGAAUCUACUGUUAAACGCGGAAUCUCACAGAAAUUGACAUAAUGUGAAUGAAAUGCUGUAAUCAUGAGGCGCAGGAACGUUUGUGUGGGGAAAUAUUUCCCCAGCGGACUGUUCAAUGUUGAAGUACAAACAUGGGCAUUACUAUUUGUUGAGGAUUUUGUAGCAAUGUGUGCAGAGGCUGACAUCUUAUUACAAAAAUUAGCAAAGCUACAUUCGAUUCUGAAAUACCAGGCAAAAUUGUCCAAUGAUGUAUUGCAUCAAUAAAUGUAAGGCUGUUUGCAUUUAAUUAAUGGACGUUUUAUUCACUAAACCCAAAAAGCACUCACUCUGUUGUGGUAAAAUCAGUGUAAAAGUUAAAAAAUGGAAAUGUAAAAAAUUAAAAUGGAAAAAACCCAAUUUGGGAAAAAAUAAAACGGAUUUCAUAAGGCCCUACAUGCUAGGUAACUUUGUCAAGGCUGAACUCGUGGAACAAGAAUCGAAUUAGAUUGUGCGGGCGUACUUAACGAAGUGUCGAGGGAGUGCAUCAUUCCUUGAAUGUUUUCUGAACUGUUGACCCUAAUCUUUUUAUUAUAACAAUGUACAGUUUUCCUUUAAAUCCCACUGUUCUGUGACCUCCUCUCUUCUAGCAUCUGUAUCCCUCUCAUUAAGUCAGGUGUUCCAUUUCAUGUGUCCUCCAUCAGCAUUCUUCUGAAUAUUUAUAGACAUAUCUAGACACUGGUUGUGUGGACUUUUUUGAUCUUGAAGAGUAGAAGCUGGUGGAGCUGACAUUUUUUUCUCUCCAACAGAAGAAUUUUGUUUGCAUCUGUUAGCCAUUAAUGAGAAGUUAUUUUUGUUUUGUCAGGACCGCUAUCGAGCCUCGGCGAUGAAGCAACAUCUGCUACGAGCACCGUUUGCUUCAACGUGGCUUAAAAGUUCAUUAUCCCUACUUUGGCCUUAAUCUUCACCCUGGCAUGACCUAAAAAAAUAGCAUGACGAUGCAAACCAAGCGCAAGUGAAGUAGAAAGAUCGGUUUCGUUUCUGUUUGACUUCCACCACUGAUGCUCUCUUGCCUUCUACUAGUGUACAAACCAAGCACCAACACAAUCUUCCUGUUGGCUGCAGAGAGAUGUCUCAUAAUCCCCUUGUGUGGUUGGUUGGCAAUGUGGUUUCCAGACCCCAGCCAAUGACAGCACUCAGAUUAGGGAGGAAGUCAAUCCAAUAGAGUUUUACGUCCCCAGUACAAAUGUGACUGUUACAAGAAUAGAAAACUCAGAGAGAAAACUGCAGUGGUCUGAUUGGUUCGGCCGGAAAUUUGACUGCUUUGCUUUUCUGUUUGGGAAUAUCAGAUCUUUGAUAAGCACAUGACACUGAACUCUUCUGCUUGAUACAGCCAAGAAGAGUCAAGUAGAGAUGCCAUCCCCGUUUGGAGCAGGCCAAGCUCAUGAGAAGAAGAUCGGCCACAGAAGAGUAGAUGCCUCCGGAGAAACAACCUACAAGAAGACCACCUCCUCCGCCUUAAAAGGGGCCAUCCAAUUGGGUAUUGGAUAUACUGUUGGCAACCUCAGCUCCAAGCCCGAGAGAGAUGUGCUCAUGCAGGACUUCUAUGUAGUGGAAAGCAUCUUCUUCCCAAGUGAGGGCAGUAACCUCACGCCAGCCCACCACUUCCCAGACUUCAGGUUUAAAACCUAUGCCCCCGUGGCCUUUCGCUACUUCAGGGAGUUGUUUGGGAUACGACCAGAUGACUACCUGUAUUCUCUCUGUAACGAGCAACUGAUUGAGUUGACCAAUCCAGGAGCUAGUGGAUCCAUAUUUUACGUUACACGAGAUGACGAGUUCAUCGUCAAAACUGUCCAACACAAGGAGGCAGAGUUCCUACAGAAGUUGCUUCCUGGGUACUACAUGAACUUGAACCAGAACCCUCGGACGUUGCUACCCAAGUUCUUUGGCCUCUACUGUGUCCAGUGCGGGGGUAAAAACAUUCGGGUUGUUGUGAUGAACAAUAUUCUCCCACGCUCCGUACGCAUGCACCUUAAAUUUGACCUGAAGGGCUCCACUUAUAAGAGGCGAGCAUCCAAGAAGGAGCGAGAGAAGUCCAAACCCACUUUUAAAGAUCUGGACUUUUUGAGUGAUGUUCCUGAGGGCCUCAGUUUGGACCAGGAUACAUACAACGCUUUGGUCAAAACUCUGCAAAGAGACUGUCUGGUGCUGGAAAGUUUUAAGAUUAUGGACUACAGUUUGCUCCUUGGAGUCCACAGCAAGACACAAGCAGAGAGAGAGCGUCAGUCCCAGGGUUCCCCAGCAGAUGGCGCAGAUGAAACGCGUCCUGUCGGCCAGAAAGCUCUGUACUCCACUGCAAUGGAGUCUAUACAGGGAGGGUCCACAUGCAGGGAAACUCUGGACCAUGAUGACACAAUGGGUGGCAUUCCAGCUGUGGGAGUUAAAGGAGAGCGCCUCCUCUUGUUUAUUGGUAUCAUUGACAUUCUGCAGUCCUAUCGGUUGAUUAAGAAAUUGGAGCACUCUUGGAAGUCUCUCAUCCAUGAUGGGGACACAGUAUCCGUUCACAGACCAGGUUUCUAUGCUGAGCGCUUCUACAAAUUUUGUAGCGACGUCGUCUUCAAGAAGAAUUGCUCAUUGAGACCGUCUCCUUCUAAAAGAGGACGAGGAGCUCUUGCCAUGUUCAAGUCCAGUGCUGGUGGAUCUGGGUUGAGCAGCCAGCAUCCCUCACAGAGUGAUGAGAGGAAAGAAAACAUGGACAACCUGGAGAGCCUGCGAGGACCUCAUAGCUUCCUCGUGUUGGAGGACAGUGGGCGAGAGCCACCCUGCACGCCUCCCUCCUUUGAAGAUGCCACCACAGCAUCAAUCGCCACCACGCUCUCCUCUAACAACUCCUUACCCACCACCCCCUUCGAUACACCCGAGCACCCACGCUGCAGGAAACAAAUGCUCUCACCCAAUGUGGCCAAGUCCCACAAAGAUGUAGUUGAGGUUCUUGAGAAGAAGCAGGACACCAUAACAGUGGAGGUGGAGCUCAGUAAAAUUCCAGCCAGCACCGAGCUCACACAGAAGACAGAAGCAACCUCGCCAGCUGACAAUCAGCCCAGCUUCAUUCCUCCAUCCACUCCUCCUUCUUUCAGUCCUUCAUCUGUACAUUCCUCAUCCACCCUUCCUCCCACCUUCCUCUCUUCCUCCACCACUGCUCAGUCAGCUUGCCAGUCCUCCUCCACACUUUCCAGUUCCAUCCGCCCAUCCACCAAACCACUCACCUCUCCGUCCUCUCCCCUCACCCACAUCGUCCCUCACCCAGCCACACAAACCACAGUAACCCCCUUGGCCCAAAAUGCGGCCACUCUGCCACCCUGCUCAGCAUUUACCCCCAUCUGUCCCGCAUCCCCUCAGUCUUCCAUGCAGAUCUGCUCUCCUCAUCUUUCUGAGACUCCCCCCACUGGCGAGCCAACGAGCUCUCCAGCAAUGCAAGACUCAAGUAAUCAGCUGUCCAGCAGUCACAACUCAUUGGAUGGGGAGGUGCAGGUUUCUGAUAUCUACUUUUAUGCAGAUGGCCGAUAUUGGGUGUACUCUCCUGUUCUUGGCCGUCGUAAGCUAAACUCUUGCUCGAGUUACACUACUCAGGAGUACCGGAGCUGUGUGCGCUCUCCUCACUAUGGCUCAGAGGAUGACUUGCCAUGAGGAAGGUGAGACAGAGGCAGCAAUAAGAAGAAGCUGUGAGGUUUUCCAAAGGCGCAGAUUUAAUGAUAUUUUAAUGCUGGUAGCUUAAGCUGCAUGUGGGCUUUUUGCAGCUGUGAUACACAUCAGUUAAAAAUGUAACAUAAACACAUUUAGAUUCAACACUAUACUCAUCCUUUAAGGCAAAUACAUACACAUAAAUCCACAGAAAUAUAUAUAUAUAUAUAUAUAUAUAUAUAUACUGUAUAUAUGCAAGCAAAACAAGAAUCCUCAAGCUUUGCUUUUGGACAAUCUGAAAGGACACUGUGAUUGAUGGCACUGUCAGCAGUGGCUAUGCAAUAUGGACACAUAUUCUGCGCAUUUAUUUUUAGUAAAACGCACAGGAUGUAUCAUUUAUUUAUUUGCACUUUAUUAAUGCACUUUUAAAAUGAUAAUUUUUCAUUAUUGUCAUUUAUAUUUGUCAGCGACAGAUAUUGUGUUGUGCACUGUUUAUGCACACUGUAGCGUUGUCAUGUCUACUCACUGUCCGACAUGCCUUAGUGACUAACUCGCUCAUUUAUAUCCACAUUAUUGUGAAUGUUUAUCAUGAGACAUUCCCAUUUGAGCAGUAUUAGGAGCCAUGAACAUACUUAAUUUCAAGUUUAAGAAAAAAAAAUGUAUUCAUUGUACAUAUAAUGUGUAUGUGCUGUAGCACAAUCAUGUAAGUCUAUGUAUGCCUGUUCAUCUGUAAAUAAUGUCAUCCGAAUAUUUUAGGAAGUGGAAUUGUGGACAUCAUGCUCAACCCCACUAGUGAUUUUAUACUAAUUUGCAUUAACUUUCUUAUGAAAUCAUGCAAAAUUCUCCAAAUAACACAGUAGGUCCUUUUGUGCAUGAUCUGUAUGUGCAUGCGUGGGAAUUGUGGAAAAUUGUUGUGCUGGUUUUUGUCCAAAAGCUGUCUAUAUAUUGGUGUGGGACACCAUCUAUCAGCAUUUUCACUGCGUCUGAAGUCUCACAUAAUGUACCUGGAUGUUUGUAAUGUGAAUUCAGUUAAUGAGAAGUCGUGUACUGAAUAAAGGGCAUGUUCACGUAAA